AUGAACGAAAACUUCGAUUACAACGAUUUGGAAACACUCACUGCUCUUGUCACUAUUGAUGGCGAGGACGAGUUUGUGAGUUUAAAACUCUCGCCGAGGGACCAGUUCUUCGAGCUGGAAAUUGGGAAUUUUUACCUUGAACUGUGGCCGUCCUCGAACAAUGAAUACUGCUGCUUUCAUUUUGACGAUUGUGACAUUUUCGAAGUCGUGAGCAAAACGCGCUGGUCGAAUUUGGCGCUGAAUGACAGUAUUCGAUUCAAAUUCGCGGAAAAAGCAGAAGGGAUGAAGUUUUUGAUGCGAUUGAGCACUGCGGGCAUUCUGAAACCGCUCUGCGCGGAAUAUGAAGAAAAUGUUUACGAAGACUUGAAUUACGCGGAACUUGAAGAAUUACACAAGCCGAAAGUGAAGUCGAUGCAAAAAGCGCUCGAUAAAGUUUGGAAGCUCUUUCCGAAAAAGCCAAAAGAAAGGCCGAAAAGUCGACUUGACGAUUCGGCAAUUUACGAAAGCAUCGACGACGAGCGAUUCUUACACCAGGGUUCAGAAGGAGCAUUGUCUCGCUCUCACUCGAGUUCUUCUGGGCAACCUACUCCGCCGGCAAUUUACUACGGCGGAACCCAAUCGCUGCCGAGUAACUUGGCGAAGAACGUCAAUUAUUCGCGGCCGAAAAGAAGACCUCCAGCUCCGCCUAAAGACCACUCAGCGUCAGCUUACUACACAAAGGAAGACAUAAGUUUGCCGGUGUCAGACGAUGGCGCCAGAAGCCAGACGAAGAUGAACAAGUCCUUUCCGUCUGCUAGCCAUUCAGUUUAUGGCUCAUCAAUCGAAACCACUUUUCUCAGCAUUUUUCGUUGUAAAAGGACUGUUGAUGAGCCAAAAUUAGCCGAAUAUCAAGUGCCCAGUAGACUGAGCCCGCCAAUUAGAAAACUUGAAACACCGAUUGCCGCGAAAUUAGAGUCAGAUCCGGAUAGAAUCCGGCCUCAUUUUCCAGUUGAGGAGAGUAUGUCCGUCAAAGAUAGAAUCAACAGAAUGAAUCUCAACGAGACGGCUAACAGAGAGUCGCAGCUUUCUCCACUUUCUUCUAGACGACAUUUUCAACCUCGAAAAACGCCAAUUCCCCCCAAACCUGUCAUUCCUAGUCUAAAAAGAACAACCAGUCCUGUCGUGAAUCCAACAACUUAUGUAGCAGUCUCAAAUCAAAUUAGAAACACUACUCAAAAGAAUGAUAAAGAAGAAAAUUCAAGCCCUGGAAAAGUAUCUGUUCAAGGCCUGGCGAAGAGAUUCUCUUCUCCUAUUGAUAACGCUCCGAAACAAGAGGAGUCAAGAGUAUUGUCUCAAAAACCGAUUCCAUUCAAGACCGAAAUGAAGCCAGCUCCAAGUCGACCUGGACGAGUCACAAAUGCACAAAAAAGCUCAUUUUCACUGCCAACCCAUGAGAAAGGGAAUGCCAUGACGCUCAAAGAACGAAUUGAGAAGCUGCAAAGCCAAAGUCAGCCAAAAUAUCAAUAA